AUGCCCGAGCAUGCAGAGUGGAGCAGACGCCGACAAACACACACGCACACUUUCAGUUACAUGCACAGUCACACACACACAUACCAUACACACUACCACCACUACGCUCACACAUGCACACUCACACACGGUGACUGCUGCCAGGCUCAGUGGGAAGCAAGCCGUCAGGGAGAGAGCUUGAGAAGAAAGAGGGAACGCUGAAGGGAAGAGAACAGAGCAGAGUUGGAGGGGCACCUUGUGGAUCAGUAAGGAUUUUCCUCUCUAAGAGUACGUCUGGAUAAGGCUAUCUUCUCCUUCCUCGGCAAGCGGAGUUUAAACUGAGGCUUGUUUUAUUUAUUUUUUCUUUUUGCUCAUCCUCCACGCCAGACUCCAACGAUAUCUACCUAUCUAUCCCCGGAGCUUAACAAAAGAGGGAAGGAGGGAGGGAGAAGGAAAGAAAAAAAAACAGUCAGCUUCAGCUCCAGACCACCCUCUCUCCUCCUCCUCCUCCUCCUCCUCCCCCUCCUCCUCCUCCUUCUCCUCCCAUUCUCUCUCCAGCUCCACAUCCAUGUGUGAGUUCAUUGCUGAAUUCCCUGUCUUUGGAGGAUAGUACAGAGGACAGCGUGUGUUCUUCAGGAGACAGCUGGACUCCCACUGGGAUCGAGGUCUGGUCUGGUUUUAGAGUGGAGCCGGUAUACACAGACAGAGCGAGAGAGACGCUGGCAAGCAAACCGAGGGGCAUGUUAAGGGCAUCAGAAAAGAAGUCUGAAUUCUAGAGAGAAGAGUGGAAAGAACCGGCAACCAUUCACUCUCCAUCCUCCUCCUCUUCCCUCUCCUCUCAACCCCUCUCUUGGUCCUGCUUGAUCCCCUUUUAUUGUUUCCCGCACUGCUGCUAUCUACCCAUUUUUCCUCUGCUCACCUCUCACCUCCGUCUCCCCAACCUCUCUUCUGUUGCUCUGGCAUCUCUUUCCAAACCUGCUGGGAGACAGCUUUAUGGACGUUCCUUGCAGGCUCCAAGACAAGAAGACAGACUGAUUUCCAAUGCACUAUCCAUCCUGCUAUCCGUCCUCUCUCCCGUCCACUUAACACUCGCAUCAGUGACAAGGAGAGUGUUCCCUUGAAUGCUCUUGGAAGCUGUGAGCUUCUAUCUUCAGCCUUCAGGACCUUUCAGUUGGAUUCUAGCUACAUGGGAAAACGUUUGGAGCAGCAACCAAUGUACCCCCACUACACCUACUACUACCCCCACUAUCUCCAGACGAAGCAGUCCUAUGCUCCUCCCUCUCUGCCCGUGGCCCCUCCCAGUCCUGGUACAACAGGAGGUGGAGGUCAGGGAGGAGGGCUGAUGGAGCAACUGAGUAAGACCAACCUGUAUAUCAGAGGCCUGCCCCCUGCCACCACAGACCAGGACCUCAUCAAACUUUGCCAACCAUACGGGAAGAUUGUGUCAACAAAGGCCAUCUUGGACAAAAACACCAAUCAGUGUAAAGGCUAUGGCUUUGUGGACUUUGACAGCCCUGCAGCAGCCCAGAAGGCCGUGGCCUCGCUCAAAGCUACUGGAGUCCAGGCACAGAUGGCAAAACAACAGGAGCAGGACCCCACCAACCUCUAUAUAUCCAACCUGCCAGUGUCAAUGGAUGAGCAGGAGUUGGAGAACAUGCUAAAGCCUUUUGGUCACGUCAUCUCCACGCGAAUAUUGAGGGAUGCCAAUGGCUUAAGCAGAGGCGUCGGUUUUGCCAGGAUGGAGUCAACAGAGAAGUGUGAUGUAGUGAUCCAGAAUUUCAAUGGAAAAUUUCUGAAGACCCCACCAGGCAUGACAGCUCCGGCAGAACCUUUGCUGUGCAAGUUUGCUGAUGGAGGCCAAAAGAAGAGACAGACCCAGGUCAAGUAUUCCCAGAAUGGCCGACCAUGGACACGAGAGGGAGAGAGUGGCAUGGCAAUAACGUACGAUCCCAAUGCGAUACAGAAUGGGUUUUACUCUUCGCCAUAUAGCAUCUCCACCAAUCGGAUGACAUCCAUUACUCCCUUCAUAGCUGCAUCUCCCGUCUCCACGUAUCAGGUCCAGAGUACGUCUUGGAUGCCACAUCAACAGUACGUUAUGCAACCUACAGGUGCUGUGAUCACCCCAGCUGCGACCAUAGAGCCCAGUUUGUCUCUUCAUCCCUCCAGUGUUAUGGCUCCUCUCACCCAGCAGAUGAACCACCUCUCUCUGGGUCCCACAGGCACUUACAUCUCUGCUGCAGCGGCUGCUCCUAUGCAAGGAACCUACAUUCCCCAGUACACUGCAGUGCCUGCCUCUGCCAUUACAGUGGACGGUGUGGUGACAGACCAGUCACCGCAGACGACUGCCCCCUCCUCACAGGACGCGAGUGGGCAGCAGCCUUUAUCAGUGAGUGAGAGUACAGGUGAUCAUGCCACAGCCUACCCCUACCAGCAGACAAAAUAACAGGACUGCUGGAAACUAUUGCUGCAUUGCCUUUAGGUUUGCAUAAAGACGCCAGAGACACAGAGACCCAAAAGGACAAAAAUACAGAAGUGAUCUGGACAUCACCCUGCGCAGAAUGCUUCCGAUGUUUGCAAGAACAAAAUAAAGGACAGAAUGAAGAAGAAAAUCAUUAUCGUCUGUGGCCGGGUGAAACAAGACGAAGAAAACACAAAUCAUUGUUUGCUGACCUAAAGGACAAUGGAAUCAAUCACAGUCCAAGACUUUGACUUGAUCAUUUUUCACCUUGAGAUUGAUUCUUCCUUUAAGGGAAUAAAAAAGAAACCGAAAUUAAAACUCCACCAACUGUACAGAAUAAAAAUCUAAACAACAUUAAAAAAAACAUUUCAAUGUGCAGGUAGAUUUUCUGAAUUUUUUUAUUGAGAAGAUAAAAGGAAGCAAUGCCCAGGAGAAAACAGACUGUCUUCCUUUGACUUCAAGCUCCAUUAUUUUCAUUAUUUGAUCAUGUUAGUAGUUUUCUAGAAUGUUAAUGUUUUCUGAACUUCUUAUUGCCUUAAUUUUCACAAACUUUGGGGGUAAAAAAAGUUUUUGGAGUGUGUUGGAGCAUUGGAGAUGAAACCUUCUGUAAAAUGAGCUGUAUUUGGAUGGAGAUGAGUUUGAGUUAGAUGAUGCAAUGAAGGUGGUGUUGGCUGAUCAGAGAGAAAAAAUGUUUAAUGGGACUUGUUGAAAGGUCCAAUCCACUGCAUUCUGGGUAUCGCGCUUUGGUUUAAAUUUGUGUCUCCGCCACAUUUUAUAAUUUUACAAGGUUUUUUAUUUUAUUUUAUUGCAGACUUUAAAGAGGUUUUUAUUUGUGUUCUUUGUCUCACUGCAUAGAAAAAGUUAUAGUCCAUACUUUGUCAAAUACCAAAUUUAAAAAAGAUAAGUGUUAGGAUUUUUAAAUGUGCAAAAAGCAAUAGUUUUAGAAAAACUGCUGACAGAUUGAGUCUUUCUUAAUUGUUGAACAGCCUGCAGGCGGCAGAUUUUAUACCAAAGAUGAAGAAAUGAUGUGAUGAAGUGAUCUUCCUCAACAUUCUUCAUUAGAAUUGAACAUUUUCAUGUAUUUGUUGGCUUGCUGUUGCUUUCUGAGAUCACCAAACCCGGCUUGAGAGAUGAUCACCGUAACAACAUGCAGUAAGUCUAAAACAUAGUUGCCUCAACUUGAAGAGAAUGUUUGUUCACAAUGCUUUUGGAAAAUUUAUUUAACUUUAUUGUAACUUCUAAGGAGAUACACCCACCCCCCUCCCUCACCCCACUGUGGAAUAUUGGACUAAACUUCAAUAGACAUCUCCUUCCAAUAAUUAUAUGCUCUGAUGCACAGUAUCUGCAUUAAAAACAUGUUCUGGCACGUCCAGCCAAAAAGAUUAAUAAUCUCUAAGAGAGAAUUUCUGCAGACUAAAAUUAUUUUGAUUACAUAAACUCACCUAAAGGGGCAAGAUUUUUCAUGCAACUUUUUUUUGUUGUUGUAAGAUUUAAUUUAAAUGAAAUUUAUGCUGCUAAAAAUGUCAUUAUUGGAUUGAGAUUGUCUUGUUCUGGGUACAAGUGUUCCACGAGAGGGAGCGUUUUAAGGCAGAAUGAAGACUGAGAAAAGUACCUGGUUCAUCAAAUGGGGAAUAAAUUAUGUUGGGUCCACAUCCUCGAUGACCGUCCCACAUCACCCAGGAAUGAUGGCAGUGAGUGGAGAAACAGACGGGUGAAGAAAAAGUGGUUCAACCAAAUAAAAGCAAACCUCUUGUGGAAAGAAGAAGGUAGAAAAGUAAUAUUUAUGAAGUGUUUUUGUUCUUUUUGUUCAGGUGUGUAAAAGAAGAUGCAACUGAAAAAAAAUAUUCUUUAAUGAUGCUAUUUUUUUAUUUGCUCGAUCACAUGCUUCAAGCCUUUCCAGUUGUGAUUUUUGAGAGUGUCUGUAGAACCAGUGGGUGUUGCUGUAGUUUCAGAUGUGUCUUUAUGUUGAUUUUUGAGUUUUUUUGAACAAAACUUUCAAUAAAAAAUGUAAAAGAGUCAA